AUGUCCAGCCAUGACGACCAGCCCCUAGAUGAGGGCCGCCCAUCGCAGGAGCAGAAUCAAAAUCAAAAUCAAAACCAGCCCGACGUUGUGCGCCGGCCGUCCCUCGUCUCUUCCCACACCAUGUCCGACGCUGGCCGCCGCGCUUCCCAGCAGUACCACGUGCGGUUCUCGACCGACCUCGACCGACCUGCCGAUGAGCUCCCACAGCGUCAAUUAUCGACGGCCGCCGACCGACGACCUAGUUCGCGAGGUCUGACUAUCGACACUACACUGUCGCCGCCGUCAACUCGCCACCCUGCCCUCUCGCCAACCUCUCCCUUCUCGCCAACCUCUCCCCUCUCGCCCCCGAAGGCCGCUGCGAGCGCGACUCUCUCGCCAAUCUCCCCGCCGAGCCCAGACUCCGCGGGUGGUCGUUCGCGAUCGCGAAACCGCGGCUACUCGCUACGACGCAGUAUCUUCAACAAGAACAUCCAAACCCCAUCCGAUCAGGAUGAUCCCGCGAGCGUGGAGCUGGACGAGGCACAGGGCUUUUCGAAAAGCCCGGAGGAGGACAUUACGGUCGCACCAAAAGUCGUGGAUGCUCCCAGUCCCGUAUAUGAGAAGAACGACUUGGCUGUCGCGCCGACGGCGACGGUGGAAUGGACAAAGGACGAAGCCUCGACGUAUCCCUCAUCCCGCUCCGAUCUACCUUUGAAGGAAUAUUAUAUGUCCGUCGCGCAAGAUAACUGGGUGAAGAAGAAAGCUGCCACGGCAGGGCUUGUCACUCGCGUGGAGACUGUCUUGACUGCAGUUCAGAAGUUCAUUCUCCGCAUCAAGGAUAUUCCACCUACCAAGGAUGGACGGCAUAUCGAUCUCAAUCCGUCUUUGGUGGAGAGUUUUAUCGACGAGCGCACUGGCAAGCCCUAUUGUGCGAAUUGGAUUCGAUCCAGCCGGUACAGUUUCUGGAGUUUCUUCCCUCGGCAAUUGUUUGCGCAGUUCACCAAGUUGGCCAACUUUUACUUCUUGAUCGUGGCGAUUCUGCAGAUGAUUCCUGGUCUGAGUACGACGGGAACGUUCACGACUCUUAUCCCCCUGUUGAUCUUUGUUGGUAUCUCGAUGGGCAAGGAGGGAUUCGACGAUUGGCGUCGGUAUCGUCUAGACAAGGAAGAGAACAACCGGUUUGCGUGUGUGCUUCGUCCGGGCCAGGCACCCGUCACCGACGGUGCGUCCAUGGCCAGUGGUGCGCAUGACUGGGUGGAAAUCAAAUGGCAAGAUAUUCGGGUCGGAGAUGUCAUCAAGCUGGAGCGCGAUCAGCCUGUUCCCGCUGAUUUCGCCCUCCUCCACGCCAAUGGACCUAAUGGAGUUGCCUACAUCGAGACCAUGGCCCUGGAUGGAGAGACCAAUUUGAAGAACAAGCAACCCUGCCAGGCUGUGGCCAAGGUGUGUUCUACCGUGGACGACAUUAUCAGCAACUCGCUGCAUUUCGUCGUGGAGGACCCCAACCUCGAUCUCUACAGGUUUGACGGCCACGUCUCGGUCAACGGCCAGGAGAAGCUCCCCUUGACCAAUAAUGAAAUUGUCUACCGUGGUAGUAUCCUCCGCAACACCGACCGCGCCAUUGGCAUGGUGAUUUACACCGGCGAGGAGUGCAAGAUCCGCAUGAACGCCAACAAGAACCCUCGCAUCAAGAAGCCUGCCCUGCAGGCCAAGGUCAAUCGCGUCGUCAUGUUGAUCGUGACCCUGGUGGUUGUCCUUGCCGUUGCAUGCACCGUUGCAUACAAGUACUGGUCGCAGGACGUAGAACGGUACUCCUGGUAUCUCGAUGACGCCAACGUCUCCUACGGUCCGAUCUUCACUUCCUUCCUCAUCAUGUUCAACACGAUGAUCCCCAUCUCACUCUACGUCAGUAUGGAGAUUGUCAAGGUUGCACAGAUGCUACUUCUAAACGACAUCGACAUGUAUGACCCAGAAACCGACACGCCCCUCGAGGCGCGCACGUCGACCAUCAAUGAGGAGCUCGGCCAGGUCAGCUACAUUUUCUCCGACAAGACCGGCACCCUGACGAACAAUUCCAUGCGAUUCCGCAAGAUGAGUGUUGCAGGCACCGCGUGGUUGCACGAUCACGAUCUCCAAGAGGAAGCUGCUCGCGAAGGCGAGAAGCUUAUCCACAAGAAGCGGAACCUGAAGGGCAAAAAGGCUGCUGGUCGGAAGUCGAAUGUCUCGGAGGCUCGCGUGAGCCUUGCCCGGCCGUCCAAUGUGUCUGCGAGUGCGGAUCAAAUGCGCCGGUUUGCGCGGUCGGCGCCUUGCCGGACCACCGAGAUGCUGGAAUACAUCCAGCGUAAGCCGUAUACGAUCUUUGCGAGAAAGGCCAAGUUGCUUAUUCUGGCUAUGGCUCUUUGUCACACGUGUAUCCCCGAGGAGGAUGAGGAUGGCAAAGUGUCUUUCCAGGCCGCUUCUCCUGAUGAACUGGCCCUUGUGAUGGCAGCGCAGGAACUUGGGUACUUGGUUAUGGAUCGCCAAUCAAAUACCUUGACUAUUCGCACAUACCCCAAUGGCAUGGACGAGCCUGCUACCGACGAGAUCUACGAAGUCAUGGACAUGAUUGAAUUCUCCAGUGCUCGAAAGCGCAUGUCAGUUGUUGUGCGCAUGCCGGACCAGCGAAUCUGCCUCUUCUGCAAGGGUGCCGACACCACGCUCAUGCGCCUGCUGAAGAAAGCCGAACUCGCCCAUGAAAAGGCUGCCGAGAUUGAGCGUCGGGCGAGCAAGCGUAAAACCGCCGAAGCCAACCAGGUCAUUCGUCGCAACAGCGAGUAUCAGAGCCGCAAGGAUAGUGGUGUCCGCACCAGCCUGAGUCGGCCUAGCUUCAACCGCCGUCGCUCGUCAGUCUCUGGGCAUCACGCUUCUACACUGCGUGAAAGUAUCGAUAUCUGGCUGCGCGAUCGUGAGACUGACGGUGGAAUGCUGAACCGUGAGACGGACAGUGCAUACUACAGCCCUCGACCUUCUGCCCAGAUGGGACGGCACUCGACUGCCCUUUCGGACUCGGGUAGCUCGACUAACGGCGAAGAAGACGAUCGCGAUCUGGUAGAAGAGGCUCUCGUCGUUGAUGAGGCUGCCAUCUUCGAGCGCUGCUUCCAACAUCUGAACGAUUUUGCCACUGAUGGACUCCGCACUUUGAUGUAUGGACACCGAUUCUUGGAUGAGGCUACUUACCGGAGCUGGAAGACUGCCUAUCACGAUGCCUGCACCAGCCUCGUGGACCGCCAGCAGAAGAUCGAGCAAGUCGGUGAGGAAAUCGAGACACAGCUCGAAUUGACCGGUGCUACUGCAAUCGAGGACAAACUGCAAAAGGGCGUUCCCGAGGCGAUUGACAAGUUGCGCCGUGCGAACAUCAAAUUGUGGAUGUUGACUGGUGACAAGCGUGAGACCGCUAUCAAUGUCGGACACUCCUGCCGUCUGGUCAAGGAUUACUCUACCUUGACGAUCCUGGAUCAUGAGAACGGUGAUGUGGACGAGACUAUUGUUCAGCUCACCGCAGAUCUCAUCUGCAACAAGGUGGCGCAUUCCGUGGUCGUCGUUGAUGGGCAAACCUUGUCGGAGAUUGAAGCGGAUGAUGUCGUUCGUGAACGGUUCUUCCAGCUCGCUAUCCGCGUUGAUUCGGUUAUUUGUUGCCGUGCCAGCCCUAAACAAAAGGCGUUCCUGGUCAAGUCCAUCCGCACGCAUGUCAAAGACUCGAUUACUCUGGCUAUUGGUGAUGGCGCCAACGAUAUUGCCAUGAUCCAGGAAGCUCACGUUGGUAUCGGUAUUACUGGUAAGGAAGGUCUGCAGGCUGCUCGUAUUUCGGAUUAUUCGAUUGCACAGUUCCGCUUCCUCCUGAAAUUACUGCUUGUCCACGGCCGGUGGAAUUACAUGCGGGCUUGCAAGUACACUCUUGGCACUUUCUGGAAGGAAAUGCUCUUCUACCUGACGCAGGCGCUGUAUCAGCGCUGGAACGGGUACACUGGUACAUCACUCUACGAGCCGUGGAGUCUGAGCAUGUUCAACACCCUAUUCACUUCUUUGGCUGUUAUCUUCCUGGGUAUCUUCACCAAGGAUCUCGCUGCCUCGACUCUCCUUGCCGUGCCGGAGCUAUACACCAAGGGCCAGCAGAAUGGCGGCUUCAAUAUUCGCCUGUACCUCGGUUGGACGUUCAUGGCAACCUGCGAAGCUAUGAUCAUCUUCUUCACAAUGUAUGGUCUCUUCGGUAUGGUCCAUCUCAACCCAUCCGACACCGACACUUUCGCUCUGGGCCUACUCACCUUCACGGCCUGCAUCACGGUCAUCAACCUCAAGCUGCAAGCCCUGGAAGUCCACAACAAGACCUACCUCUCGCUCAUCGUGAUCAUCAUCUCCGUCGGCGGCUGGUUCCUCUGGGACAUCAUCCUCUCGCAACGAUACCAAAUGUCCUCCGGCAAAGGCGUCUACGCCGUGCCCGGCAACUUCCUCCACCACGUCGGCGACAACCUCCUCUUCUGGCUCGUCCUCCUCAUCUCCGUCGCAGCAGUCCUCCUCUUCGAACUCACCGUCUCCACCCUCCGCGCCCUCUUCUUCCCCACAGACGUCGACAUCUUCCAAGAAUACGAGCAAGAUCUCGACAUCCGCAAACGCUUCGAAGAAGCCGCCGCCGCCGAGCUCCAACAAGGCUGGGACCGCGGCACCAAAAAGUCUUCCUUCGAACUUGCCCGUGAGACCGCCGAGCUUGCGGAAAUGGAUGCUCGCGAGCGCCAUGUCCGGGAAUUACUCUCGCGGCCUCGUGUCAUGGCGGACUCGAAACCCGUUGCGCAAGAGAUUGAAAUGGAGGGGUACUCCAGUGCCAGCGUCACUGCUAGUCACAGUGGCAGCGAGGCUGUGGAGCGCAGGGUCUCUGGUGUGAGUCCUCACACACGUGUGGACCAGGGCCAGGCUGAGCCUAUGUCUCCGACUGAAUCGUGUGCGCCGAGACGAUCGGUUGAGAUUCAUGAAUUGUUUAGUAAGGGCUUUGGCACUAUUCGCAAGGGUCAGUUGAAGUGA